GCUACAAUAAUCAAUACGUAGAUUACUGAAGGUAAGACCUUAUCUCUUAGUCAAUUACAUUGAACUAAUAAUUAAAAAUGUAUACUCCUUCAACGUCGUUUGAUGAAUACUUUCAAUAUGAACAAAAAAAGUACCCGCAACUGAAAAUUGAAGAUAUCCAGGAAUUAAAAAAAAAAUUAAAAGAUGAAAAACAAUUACCACCUAUCUCAGAUAAAAUUCUUGUUGCAUUUCUUCACAGUUGUUACUUUGAUCUCGAAUCAGCACACAAUACCGUAAUAAAUUGUUAUAAAUCGUUUUUUGAAACACCAAAUUUAUUUUGCGAUCUUGAUCCAAUAGAUGAAAAAAUAAAAAAUCAAUUUGAAUGCACAACUUGGAAUCAUUUGACAUACGACAAUUAUGACAAAAAAGAACAUUAUUUGUACAUACAGUACGACAACAUAACUAAUUUUCAAUUAUUUGAUCCACUUUCAGACUAUAAAAUUAUGAUUUUAUGGAUGGAAUAUCUUUUACUGUGUCACGGUACAUGUGAUGCAGUUAACGUAGUUAUUAAUUGUAUUAAUAUUCAAUGGCGUCACAUAUUCAAAUCAUGUUCACAAAUUUCUAUGAUCCACAAGAUGCUAAAUUAUGUACAAGAAGGACUUCCAGUCCGUUUGAACAAACUUCACAUUAUGAACUCAGGAAAAUCUAUGCAAUAUCUUUUUAAGAUCGUGAAACCAUUUAUAAAAAGUCAAUUGGUAAAUAAGAUCAAAUUUUAUUCAAAUGACUCAGAAGAUAUUUAUUCUCACGUACCUAAAUCAAUUUUCCCAGAAGAUAUUGGAGGGACAUCUUUAUCGUGUAAAGCCUUAUUUGAUAGUUUUCAGCAAAAUUUGAAUUCCUGCAGAGAAUGGUAUGUUGAACAAAAUGAAAUUAUUAGAAGACAAAUUAAUACUAAUAAAAAUAAUAAAUAACCAAUGAAUUACUAAUUAUCUAUAUCGUAGAUUAAUUAACUUACGUAAUCUGUGGCUCUCAACAUUUUAGACGAUAAUUAUCUGCUAUUAAUAAAUAGCGUCCUCUGCGAUGUUUAUGAUUACAAUAAAAAAAAAAAAAUUGAAACAAAGUCCUUGUAUUUAACAGUUUUAUAAAUUAAUUACUACUGUAUAAUACAAAAUUAAAAUAAAUAUAUGACCUAAAUUAUACAAUUUUA